AUGCUGGUUGAAUUCCAACCUGAGGGCAAAUUUCGACGACUAACGCUACCUGGACGAGCAGGUCGCUUUGAACGCCGGACAAGUGUCUUGGAGGAGGCUUUAUCGACAGUUCGCGCAAAGUUGGCAGACAACUUGUCGAAGUUCGAGAAAUUGACCACUCCAUCAGAUGUAAUCACACUGGACAGGAUACCAGAAGAAGGAGCUUUAGAGGUCCGCGUGCACAACAACGCGGUCAUUGAAGCUCGAAUCGCCGUCAAACCUUUGUUUUGUACGCUAUCACUCUUAGAGCCAGACACACCCCAAAAUAAGCUAGAAGUGGUGUUCCAUGUGUACGAUUCGGACGCAAACGGCUUUUUGGACAAGAUAGAAAUUGAUGGAAUCAUUGAGCAGAUGAUGAACGUGGCACGUCAUCAGCAGUGGGACACAAUUGAGCUGGAGCCUAUACUUCGUCAAAUGAUGGCCGACAUAGACUCCAAUAACGACGGAAUUGUGUCUUGGAGGAAUGGCGGCGAGGAGGUCUCACGAAUAUCCCGCUACUCGUUCUGUUGGGUUUCGAUA